AUGCUGGGCAGUCUCGAGAUCGGGCUAUACAACACCACUGGCACUACAGCCCAGGCCUGGGGCUUGGAGGUGACGGGGGCCACCCGCAGCGCUUUCUUGAUUCAGGCCUCCGCCCUCUUCACCCCUAUGCUGGCGGCCGUCGGGGGCCAGCGGCUGACCACCAACGCCUGGCUCGGAUCCGCGCUGGGCCUGGCCGGGACGCUGGCAGUGGUGGGGGACACCACCCAGGGCGGCGCUGGCUUCGGGGCAGGCGUGUCGGGCGGCGACCUGCUGACCCUGGGCGCGGCGGCCGCCUACUCAGCGGCCACGGUGCGCAUCCCAGUCUAUGCACGGCGCGUGCAGCCCCUGCAGCUCGCGCUGGGCAAGUCGCUCUUUCUUGGCGCAGUGUCCUGCGCGGCGCUGGGCCUCCAGGUGCAGCAGCACCAGGCGCACCUCUGGGACGGCUGGCGCGACGGCUGGCAGGGCUGGGCCGCCAUAGCCUGGUCGGCCUCAGGGCCGGGGGCCCUGGCGGCCUACCUCCAUGUCCAGGGCCAAUCCUCCGUGGACGCCGUUACCGCCCAGAUCGCAUUCUCGGCCGUCCCGCUGUGGUCAGCGCUGCUAACAGCCCUCCUGCUGCCAGGGGACUCCGCGUUGGGGCCCCUCACCUGGGUGGGCGGGGGCUGCAUGGUGAUUGCCGGGGUCGUGGGGGUGCUGCCCCCAAAGCCCACUCCGGCGGAGGCCAAGAAGUGA